AUAUCUAAAAAAUGUAUUAAUCUUAUUGGAGUAAGAGCAAUGUUUAACAUUUCAUAUGUUCAAGACAUCCACAGUACUAGUUUGACUGCUGUGCAUCCUUUCUUCUAUAAAUUUUUAUUAUUUGAAAAGUCUCACAUCAGUUAAGAUGUAUCUACAUGCUCUAGUAAAUUACGUUAUGAAUUAUUGAAAGAUACCUCUUCGUAUGCUUGAGGCUAAUUUUCAUUUUCCAAAAUUUUCUCAGAAAUAAUUCCUAGGGUUUCCUGAAACUCUGCAAAGUGUCAUCAAUUGCUAUAGCCCUGAUCUGACAUCACUAACAAAACAAACUGUGGCUGCACCAUUAGUGUUUUCUCCUAUGGAUACUGUCACGGAAUCAGACAUGGCUAUUGCAAUGGCUCAUCAAGGUGGUAUUGGUAUUAUUCAUCAUAACUGUACACCAGAAUUUCAAGCAAGUCAGGUCAUGAAAGUUAACAAAUAUAAGCAUGGUUUUAUUCGUGAUCCUGUUGUUUUGAGUCCGAGACAUAAGCUUAGGGAUUUAAUAAAUGUUAAAGCAAGCAAAGGUUCUGCUGGUGUUCCAGUUACAGAAAAUGGUGAAAUUGGUGGUGUUUUAGUUGAAAUUGUGACAUCUAGAGAUAUUGACUUCAUGAGAGAAGACAUGUAUGACAAACCACUUUCAGAGGUAUGCUUUUUGUGACUGAAGUUUUUUUACAAGU